AUGGCGGAUGACGUCAGCUCGCCUUCCAGGUCCAGUGGCUAUGGCAUGCAUAUUGCCGCGGCCAGUGCCAAGCAGGUGGUGCGUGGCAGACGCUGGCUACGUGCCUUGCAGGGCGCCGUGGACUCGACUACGCAGAGUGUUGGUAGCCAGGGGGCCAAAAUCUUUGCCAAGGGCUCCGAGGCCCUGGCCAUGGUCGACCAGCGCCUGGGUCUGUCGGAAGCCGCAUCAGCCGCGGAGCAGCGCAUGCAGAUCUCCGAGACGAUUUCCGAGAAGGUCGCUGCGGCGGACCGACGCUUGCAGCUCUCUGCCAAGGCCCAGGCCCUCUCGCAGGAUUGGCAGGAACUCAGGGGCAAAGCUGACACACAGCAGGGGAAACUGAUGUCGCAAUUGAACAAAGCAGUGGUCCGCGCGGCUACAUCUUUGUCCUCGCUGAACUCGCGACAGCUGGCACAGGCCUUGGAUCCCAAGGCCCUGUGCUUCUACGAUGCAGGCGAGUUUCCUGGAUGCAGCGGGUUGGUGGCCUUAACCUUGGAUGACGCGCCCUGUCGUGGAGAGACGUCCAUGUUGUGCGAAAUCAAGGAGCUUUUGCAGAAAUUUGAUGCGAGAGCAACCUUCUUUUUGUGUACAGACAGUGUUCCUGGCCACGAGGAUGGUUUGGUGGAUUUGAUUCGAGCUGGCAGCGAGGUGGCGAAUCAUGGCUGCUCGGACCAGCCGUACGGCGGCCUGACGGAGUCGGAGUUUGGCGCAGUCUUCCAUCGGGCUGAGAACGUGUGUGAAGUGCUUCGAGCCAAAGCUCGCGGGGAAGUGCCAGAGCUGCCAGAUCUUCCGGAGCCAGUGCAGGCAGCCCAGGCAGCCCCGGCACCGCUGGUGGCAGCGACCAACGAAGCUGCGGAUGCUGCGGAUGCUGCGGAUGCUGCGGUGACGGCUGAUCUGCCUGCUGCGGAUGCUGCUGCAUCGUCUGCGGCGUCUGCGUCGUCCGCGUCACUGGGUCCCGAUCUGCCCGGAGCUGCUGAAGCCUCCGAAGGUCCAACAGCACGAAACUGGGCACUUGGUCUUUCGGGCUUGGCUUCCGGCUUGGCAAGAUUGCCCCAACGAAAAACUGUGGAGGCUGAAGUUCCUGCUGUGAUACCUCAGAGCCCAUAUCGCUGGUUCCGUGCUCCUCACACUGACCUGAGCCCCAACAUGCAGAAGGUGCUUUCGCAAAAUGGUUUCACAAAUGUGCUUUGCGACAGCUUCGCGAACGACACGCAAAUCCUGGACUCCUCCUUUAUUGCUGAGACGCUUCUAUCUUUGGUCGAUCCUCGGGGUGGGUCCAUCAUCGUGAUUCAUACCCCUGAACCAGGUUUCAGAGAGCACAACUUCGAAGCUCUUGAGAUUCUCUUGCAAGGCCUCGCUGAGCGGCAGCUUCGCGCAGUAACGGUGACAGAGCUCACUGAAGCCGCGCUGAGGACGCCCGCAAGUCCGAAGGAGCUCCCCGUUUCAGGAGUGAGUGAUGCCGAGCAUGCCGUUGGCACCUUUCGGAAACAGUUUCACUUCGUCUAUGAAGAGGUACCUGUGUCAUUGUACCGGUGCGCAGAGUCGGGACUUCGAGUAGUUGCUGCACAGGUGAAGUCGCCAACUGUUCAUGGUUACUUUGCAUUGCACACAGAAUGCUUUGAUGACUUCGGAUGUCCGCACACCUUGGAGCAUUUGAUUUUCCUGGGAAGCGAGCAAUAUCCAUUCAAAGGCGUGUUGGACGUCUUGGCCAAUCGCUGUUUGGCACAGGGAACGAAUGCCUGGACAUCAACGGAUCACACGUGCUACACAGUGGACACUGCGGGUGCAGAAGGCUUCCUUCGCUUGCUGCCAGUGUAUUUGGAUCACGUGCUGUUCCCCACUCUGAAGGACAGUGGUUUUGUGACAGAGGUGCACCACAUCACCGGAGAGGGAGUUGAUGCUGGAGUGGUCUACUGUGAGAUGCAAGCUUCGGAGAACGAAGGUGGAGACAUGUGUGACCGGGCGAUGCGUCACGCGGCAUUUCCUGGCAAGUGUGGAUACAAAAGUGAGACAGGUGGACGCCUCAAGGAGCUACGCGAGUUGACCAAUGCAACAGUGAGAGAUUACCACAAGGCGUACUACAGGCCAGACAACUUUUGUGUCAUCGUGACUGGACAGGUGCCUCUGCGGGACUUGUUGACGGCCUGUGCACCAACAGUGGAGACGAUCCGCACCAGCCGCUUCAAGUCCCUGCCUCCGAUGGUUAGGCCGUUUUCCACGGAAGUGCCCCGGCCUGACAAGCAACAGGAAGUGAGGCUAGAAUUUCCCGCAGAGGAUGAAAGCACCGGAGCAAUCUGUGAGCUUUGUUGGCAUGGUCCAGAAUGGUCCGACCUCGAGAAUGUGGUGGCUUUGAAGGUUCUGCUGGCUUACCUCUGUGAGGACUCCAUUUCACCCUUGCGCAAGGCCUUGGUGGAAUCUACACCACCCUUGUGUGGCAAAAUCUCCGAGGGCUUGCAUGAAUACAAAACGCAGCUGAUCAAUAUCACUUUGAAGAGCUGUGAUGUUGAGCAACUCUCCAAACGGGAUGUCACUUCGGAGGUGCAAGCGGUCUUGAAAGCCACGGCGAAGGCUGAGGGCAUCGACUUGCUGCGCUUGCGCAGUGUGAUCCGCCAGAAGCAACGGCAGCAUUUGUCCGCGGUGGAGUCAAAUCCACAUGACCUCUUCAGCGGCGAAAUCAUCGGUGCCUUUUUGUACGCCGAGGACUUCGCCGCGACCGGCAGCGACGGGCGCUCGGUGCGCGCGCGACUGGAUGCGCCUGGGACCCUGGAGUCGCUGCUGGCGUGGCCCGCAGAGCGCUGGGCGCAGCUGUGCCGAACCUUUCUGUCCGAGAACCCAGGCGUCACCGUAGUGGGACGCCCUUCCAAAGCUGCGGGAGAAAAGGUCCAAGCAGAAGACGCUGCGAGGAUCGAACUGCAGAAGAAAAGCUUGGGAACAGAUGGCCUGAAGAAAAAAGGGAAAGAACUUUCUGUUGCUGAGGAGGAGAAUGAUGUCGAAACGCCUGAGGAAGUUUCGGCAGAAUUCAAAAUCCCAGACGUUGGCCAAGUUCAGCUGAUUGAUGUGUCCACAGUUACGGUGAAGAAUGGGGUGGCAGAAGCUGUUUUCGGAAAGGAUGCUGCGCGUCUGAAGGAGACAGUCGCAAAAGCAGCAGCGAAAGGAUUGCCUCCAAUGAACUUCCAUUUGGAUCAUGUUGUAGGUGCCCAGUUCAUCACCUGCAACAUCAUGGUGCCGUUGACGUCCCUGACCACCCGGCAGCUGGAGUUGCUGCCGUUGUGGUGCGACACGGCCUUCGAGCUGCCCAUGGUGGCCAGUCCUUUGGGAGAGGCUCUCAGCCAUGAGGCUGUCGUCCAACUCCUCACUGAUACCGUGGUGCAUCGGAGCUUCAGUGUUGGCCUGGGUGGUGGACGCUUCCGCGCGGGACAAGCUGCUAACAUGCUGCAUAUGUCCAUGAAGGUGGAACGCUCGCAGUACGAGACAGCGCCACGAUUGAUUGCCCGCCUGCUCGCAGAUGUAGAGUUCUCAGUGGAAAGACUUCGCGUGGCGGUGAAGCGCAUGUUGAAUGAUGUGCCGAACAGAAAACGAAAUGGGAAGGGCCUGAUGCGCUUGGCUAUGUCAGCAUUCGACUACAGCGACAGCAGUGCCCACGGCGCAUUCAAUGUGUUCCGGGUGGAGAAGUUGCUGAAGGGCUUGGAGGAUCCUGAGGGUGUGGCAUUGGGCGCAGCAGCAUUCGAGUUGUCUGAGCUGCGAAAAGUGCUGCUGGCUCCGGGGGCGCUGGCAUACAUCUCCGGCGACAUUGCUGCGUUGGAGACAGCCAUUUUUACGCCUUGGUGCCAUGGGCCAUUUAUGACUGGAGGCAAUGGAGGCUAUGCAUCAGCACCUGCGACGCCUUUGCCCGCCCUGCGGCGUGAGCUCUACGCGGCCGAUGCGCUGCGCCCUCCAGAGGGGUGCACCUGCGGCUGCCUCCUCUCUUGUACUGCUGAGGAGUCGAACUAUUGGUUGGUGCAGUGCAACUCAUUCACUGAUCCUAGAUCACCUGAGCUUGCUCCACUGUUGGUGGCCAUUGAGUACAUCACAGCUUUGGAAGGGCCUUUUUGGCGGAAGAUCCGUGGAAAGGGCCAUGCGUACAGCUACGGCAUCAGCCAUGACUUGGAGGCCGGAAAGCUCACCUUCUCUCUCCACCAGGCCACAAAUCCUGUUGCCGCCUACGAAGCGGCGGGUGCCAUUGUGCAGAAACUGUGCACAGAAGGCUCAGAAGGCUCAGAAGGCGAAGGGCCCAUGGAGGACGAAGAAGGUGAGGAUGGCGAGGAUGGCGAGGACGGCGAGGAGGGCCUUGACCCGUGCUCGUUGGAAGCAGCCCAGAGUGGUGUGCUUUUCGGAUUGAUCGAACCAGUGGACACAGUGCCAGGUGCGAUGGAGGAAGCAUUCGCAAUGGUGUUGCAGCGGUCGCCCCCAGAUCAAUUGCAGUGGCUCCUGCGAGCAGUUCAGGCAGUUACAGAGGAUUCGGUCCGAGCAGCAAUGCAGAAACACAUUGCGCCUCUCUUCAGCGGUGCUGGGCGAACUGUAUCUAUGGUUUGCCCAAGCAAGAAGAGAGCAGAACUUGAGGAACAGUUGCAGAAAUUGGAUCCCCCUUUCCAGGUGGUCCAUUUGGACGUCGACAGCUUCGUCAGCACGCUGGCGCCCGGCAGCGGUUUCGCGGAUCUCCGCAAAAGGGUACGGCCAGGUGCCUAA